CACCCCCCGUCCCAGAUUGCUGUGAAGUUUGCCUUGGAGGUCAACGACUCAACCGUCUUUACCGAAAAGUCCAUCUGUCUUUUCGUCCCCCGAUUAAUUUCUCUCUCCGCCGGUGUGGAAAUUUGCAAAAGUCCAACUCGCGGAGCGGACAAAAAGCUCCAAAGCACCGACCGGUCGUCCCAUUGGCCUCCGACCAUCCCGAGUUUCGCCAAGAUAUCAUUUUUUUGUCCAGCGAAAUCUGCCGUCUUUCUCUGGUCACAGACUCGAAGCAUGUCGGAAAGCGACAUCUCUUACAGCUGUGGUUCCUGUGGAUAUCCUCUGAACUUGGCAUCUUCCAAUCAAAUUACUGCUGGAGUGGGCUCGAAAUAUGAUAAAGACUUGAAGAAAGGUUUCACUACCUUUCUUUCGGUUGAUCUCAGCAGAUUCACCCAGGUGGAUGAAGUUACGUGUUUUCCGGUUUGUUGGGGUCGUAACCACUUACAGACAAAACUUCUCUGCCGUAAGUGCGGUGCCCACAUUGGCUAUGGUUAUAGGGAGUCGCCAAUUCUUUGUGGUUUUCACUCGCCCGACUCCUCUAGAUCUUCACACAAUAAGUUCACCGUGAAGAUUUUAGCUAUACAGCCUUCGGGGAACUGCUAAUUCUUUGACAAUAAAUGCUGUAGAAAGUUAGUCUAACCUUCAUUGAGCAAGUUGCAGAUGAUUGCUUUACCCAUAUAGCAAUAUUUCAUUUGGUUGCAGAGUUGAAAUCACAUUGGUGGCUUUGUACAAGAAUACUGAGUAUUUAUCCUAACAACUUUAUUUCUUGCUUGCCCUUUGAAAGCGUCAUUCGUUUUGGAACGAUCUUAAUUCUUAUGAUUAGUUCUUCAAAUCAAUUCGUUGCUUACCCGUCUCCAAUUUCUAGUCUCCUUUUUUUUUUCCCUAUAUCUGGCUGCAAGCAUAUGCCAGUUGCACCCAGAGGUGCAAAUCCGUAAACUCUCUUUGCUGACUGUUGCAUGAGAACUAUCUAUAUCUACUAGCUGCUGUUUAUCCAUUUUUCAGCAGUUAUUCUACAACUGCAACACUAGUAAUGGUGGAUGGUGGCGUGAGAUCUCCUUCACAAUAAUGGUUCGGAUUCGCCAGCUAUUUCAGCUACAUCAUGGAUGCAACUGCCUUUCACAUUGGAGGUUUCCAAAACUUCACUAACUUUGAUUAGCUUGUUGCCAUGUGGAGAAACACUUUUGUGGUUCUAACUGAAGCUAGUCAUUAAUAGUCAAAGUUGAGGCUUGUUAAAUCAUAGAGUAGAGAGCUCAAAUUAGUAAAGAAAAUGGAAUGUAUAGUGUUCACAGGGCUUCUGUGAGUGGCGGUCUCGCUGCAAUUCGAAAAAUUUAUGUUUCUCGUGAAAGCAGUUAUUUAUUGAUCUCUGUCCUGGUCAAUAUACUCAUUCUAAUGAA